AUGGCGGCGGAGGCGCGCGCGUCGCGCUGGUACUUCGGGGGGCUGGCCUCGUGCGGGGCGGCCUGCUGCACCCACCCGCUGGACCUGCUCAAGGUGCACCUGCAGACACAGCAGGAGGUGAAACUGCGCAUGGUGGGCAUGGCCCAGCGGGUGGUGCGCUCCGACGGCGUCCUGGCGCUCUACAGCGGCCUCAGCGCCUCGCUGUGCAGACAGAUGACCUACUCCCUGACCCGCUUCGCCAUCUACGAGACGGCAAGGGACCACAUGAGCCGGGGCGCCCAGGGGCCCCCACCCUUCUACAAGAAGGUGCUGCUGGGCGCUGUCAGUGGCUGCAUCGGAGGCUUCAUGGGGACUCCUGCAGACAUGGUCAACGUCAGGAUGCAGAAUGACAUGAAGCUGCCCCAGAACCAGCGCCGAAACUACGCCCACGCCCUGGAUGGCCUGUUCCGCGUGGCCCGGGAAGAGGGCGUGAAGCGGCUGUUCUCGGGCGCAACCAUGGCCUCCAGCCGAGGGAUGUUGGUCACCGUGGGCCAGCUGUCCUGCUACGACCAGGCCAAGCAGCUGGUCCUCAGCACGGGCUACCUGUCUGACGGCAUCUUCACCCACUUCGUGGCCAGCUUCAUUGCCGGCGGGUGCGCCACCAUCCUGUGCCAGCCUCUGGACGUGCUGAAGACCCGCCUGAUGAGCUCCAAGGGCGAGUACCAGGGCGUCCUGCACUGCGCGCUGGAGACCGCCAAGCUGGGGCCGCUGGCCUUCUACAAGGGCCUCCUGCCCGCCGGCAUCCGCCUCAUGCCCCACACCAUGCUCACGUUCGUGUUUCUGGAACAGCUCCGCAAGCACUUCGGCGUCAAAGUGCCGUCCUGAUGGGCCGGGGGAGGGGCAGGCCUUGCCCAGCCCCAGCGCCCACCUGGCGCGGCCGGAACCAGCUCCGGCCGGUCCUCUGGGCGCAGGACCCCCAGAGCUCAUCCCGGUGCCCUCACCCCAGCCGCUGUCACUUUUCCACUUUUCCUGCACCCCCUUCCAGCAGCCUCCAUCCAGGGCCUGGCGAGCAGCAUAGGGGUGUGGACCCCAGCAUUGCUCACCCACUGAUGUGGUGCACCUGCACUUUGGCCUUAGGAGAGGGACCCCUGCUUUUAGGGGGUCCUCACGAUGGGGCAGGGAGUCCUCACGAUGGGGCAGGGGAGCCCCCCGACCUGCUGCAGCAGCUGGGGGCGUGGCCAAGCAAGACCCGCCCCACACCGCUUUAAGAGGCGCCCCACUGUCUUUAGGGGUGCCGUCCUGCCCCUCACGCUGCCCCUGCCUGCCCUCCCCUGCUCCCCGGGCAGAAGGGGCUGUGCUGCGUCCUAGGAGUCAUCUCUGCGGGGCUGCGGCUCCCCAGGAGCUGUCCAGCUGACGCCACCACCUGGUUCCGCGGACAAGCAGCCGGCCCCCACCAACAGGCCCGCGCGUCCAGCACCUUCGAGGAGCCGGGCCUGCCCGGGCGCGGGGAUGCUAAUAAACCAGGCGCUCCACUGGCCUACAGGCUCCAGCU